AUUGACAUCACUUCCGAGUUUUGGACGAUUCAUCUUCUUGUGAUUAUUUAUUUUGACCAUUUGCUUUAUAUUACCGCACUUUUAUGUUGAUAAAGGUAGAAACCAAAUACAAUUUAUUUUCUUUCGAAAGUGCUGUAUCAAAAUGUUCAGCUCUGGACCAAAUUACUCCAAGCUGAGAACCAAUUUGAGGUUGUCAAUCAACAGGCUAAAACUCUUGGAGAAAAAGAAGACAGAAAUGGGAGAAAAAGCUCGAAAGGAAAUUGUAAAUUAUAUCACAAGUAACAAAAUUGAUAGAGCAAGGAUCAGAGUUGAGCAUAUCGUCCGAGAAGACUACCUUGUCGAAGCAAUGGAGAUACUCGAGAUGUACUGUGAUCUUCUACUGGCACGUAUGGGUCUCAUUGAGAAUCAGAAGGAUCUAGAUCCUGGUCUUGAGGAAGCCAUAGCAACCAUUAUCUGGAUCACACCUCGUUUAAUAUCUGAUGUUGCUGAACUGAAGACUGUUACUGAACAACUCACUUCAAAAUAUAGUAAAGAAUUUGCUGACGCAUGCAGGAAAAAUGAGUUGAGCAAUGUAAAUCAGAGAAUCAUACAAAAAAUGAGUGUCGAAGCUCCCCCAAAACUCCUUAUUGAAAAAUAUCUCAUAGAAAUCGCUAGGACUUAUAAUGCUGCAUUUGAACCUGAUCCAACCAUAAUGAAAGAAGAUGAAAUCUACAUGGCAGAAAAUCAGCUUAUGAAUUUUGACAAUGCAACAAAUAACGCAAGAAGUGGGGGAGGAGGAGGAUCGAAUGAGGCCCCUGUCCCUAAUGCUGCAUUUAACUACCCUCCAGCACAGGCCCAAGGAGGAUAUCCACCACCCCAGAAUCAUGCCCCUCCCUUUACGAUGCCAGCUGUUCCACCAGGCAUGCCCCCUCCCCCUGCUGUGGUACAUCCUCCACCCCAGUCAAUGAACUACAACAAUCCUGGCUACCCGCCACAGAAUCAAACCAAGAAUCCUAAUGCUGCACAAGACUUCCCAGAACUGCCUGAUCUACCUGCUGUACCAGGGUCAGAUCCAGGGAGCAGCAUGAGCCAAGGCGCAGGGAAUGAGAGUGUUGAUUUUGAUGAUCUUACUAAGAGAUUUGAAGAACUGAAGAAAAAGAAGUAGAUAAAACACAUCAUAACUGCUGUGUCUGUGAACAUUUUAUUUAAGAUACAUUGUAUUUAGUGCUUUUUGGCAUCAGGUUUCAUGGUCAUCAUAUUAAAUAUUAUUUAAAUAUCAUCAUCAUAAAUACUAUGUUUAUGUCAGUAUGUACUGUAAAAAUGAUUCAAUCUGUGAAGAAUUGUCAAAUUAAAUUGAGAACUUUUCUGUGGUAGGCUGUGAUGGAAGAAUAUCAUAUCGACAGCAAAUGCAUUCAACCUAUAAUCUUAGAGAAAUUGACUGUAUGGUCAACACAAGUCUUUGAUCAAUUGUAUUACUCCGUAUUCCUGUUAUCCUGCAACGGACCUAAAACAAUAUUCAUGGAUUACAUGUGUGUAUAGCUAUGGACUUUCCAGAGCCUAUUUCAAACAUAUCAUUGAUUGAUAUAAUUAUUGCCAAAGUUGAAAAUAGUGACUCAUCUUCAAUAUAUUAUAAAUCAAGCAUCACUGACACCAGACAACAAAAUAUAUUUUUCUUUUAGGUAUAUUUUGUUUGAUUUAUAAUUAAAUAUAUUAUAUUAUCCUAUGACAAGUGAGGUUUCGUGUACAUAACAGCAGGAUAUAGAAUUGAUAUCUUGGGGGAGCUGGAUAUAUGUUUACCUCCUGCU